AGCAGUUCAUUGCUCCGUGCGCCUUUCCUUCUGUUGGGCCGCUUUGCAGUGAAACAGUGCCAUCGGGGAGCACGGCAUUGCUGUCAGCGCCGCUGUUUUAUGUUCGGGUGCUGGUUGUGCAGCGUUCUUCCACCGUCUCGACGAAGCGAGUUCGCUUUCUGGAGCCGAGCGAACCGAGGCGGCGGCCCUGUGAGCGUACUGCGGCUCCUUUGUUCCUCUUCGUCGCCGUUCCUCCCUCUCUGUUGUUGGCCUCGAUGCGACCAGCCGAUGGGAGCACCGUCGCUCGACCGUGCACCCCCGCGCCGUGGUCGCGUGCUUGGCUGUGCACUGCGCACAUCGUUGUGGGGGAAAAAGCGGCCGAGGCGGAUGCGUCCCGCGGUCUGCCUCGCCAGCUGAUGCACCCGCUGUUUCGCACGAAGCCGAGGACGCGCGGUUUCACGAGCGCGCUGACCUCGCUUGUCGGCACCACCGCGAGGACGUUCUCGGAACGUAUGGACUUGUCCCUUCCGUCCACCUCGACUUGUGGUGCCACUGCCAUCUCGUGCAAGGCUCCCACCGCUUCCCCAGCUGCCCUGACUGAGUGCGUCCAGCUACGCCCUCUCUUCUGCACCCUGUCGCCUGAGACGGAGCGUGGGGGCGAGCUGCCCGAGGAGGUAGCCAGUGGGGACAUGGGUCUCCCCGAGGAGGACACUGCACUCUGGCCUGUCCAAGAGGAAGGGGGCCCGCUGUCGCCUCUGUUCAGCAGCCUGCAGGAUGCACCUCUGGCACCACACAACGACCACACGCCACCCACUCCUAAGGGAGGCUUGCUGGCGUCGGAACAGGCCAUUCCAUCGGUGCGGGGAGUGUGUGGCUUACGCAACCUGGGCAACACAUGCUUUAUGAAUGCGGGCCUCCAGUGCCUGCUGAGCAAUGGCCGUCUAGUCUCCUACUUCUUGGCUCGCUCUGGGGAGGAGGAUGCAGGGGAGAGAGGAGAGGAUGAGGACUCCCUGACAUCUCAGCUUGCACAUCUUCUGCGGCAGGUGUGGAGCGGCAGCUACUCGUGUCUGCGGCCGGCCCCUUUCAAGGAGGCCCUGGCACAGGCCUGCCCCCAAUUCAGCGACUGCCGCCAGCACGACUGCCAGGAGUUUCUGACGCUGCUUUUGGACACACUACAUGAACAGACCAACCGGGCUGGCCGGGACUCGAGAGGUUCCCCUUUGCAGGGCAGUGGCAGUGAGUCUUCAACUAGUUCCUGGGAAGCAGCCGUGCCUCUCCGAGGCCGCCACCUACCAGUUGAGCCGUGCGGUGGUAGCAAGUACUCGGAGGCCGAGGAAAGUGCAGUGGUUGGGGAGGUGCGGCCAGACAGCCCUACUGCAGCCAUUGCAGUAUCUGCCUGCAAGGCUCCCAAGGAGGGCAUCUUAGUGAAUGGCCGCUGCUCACCCCCACUGGCCAAGCGUCCCCGCUUGGAUGAAGGACCGAAAAGUGACGAGCAGGAGCGGCGUGCCCAGGAGGCUUGGGAUGAGUACACAGCCCGCAACCAGUCCGUGGUUGUCGACACCUUCCAGGGCCAGUUCCGGAGCACGGUGGUGUGCUCCGAGUGUGGCCACGUGUCGGUGACCUACGAGCCGUUUAUGUACCUUCCCCUUCCUCUGCCUCAUGCUAUGGAGAGGCAGAUCGAGGUGACAUACGUGCCCCUGGGUGGGGGUGAUCCGGUACCCCACCGGGUGCGGGUGCCCAAGCACGAGAAGGUGCGCUGCGUGGUGGAGGUCCUGACGUCCCAGCUGGAGGAGCCGCCCCCGCAUGGCAUGGCCCUUGCUGAGCUGGCACACAACGGCCAGAUGGUGCAGCGCAUCCUGGACGAGGACAUGGCUGUGCGGUGUAUUGGGGAAGGUGACCGAGAAGUCUUUGCCUUUGCGCUUGGACCGUGGGACGAGGAGGAAAAGGAGGGGAAGGAAGAGAAGGAGGGUGCCAAGAAAGAGGAGGAAGAUUGCCUUCCACCGGUCGCUUCUGCGAGGGCGUGGCACUCCUGCGCUAUCUGCCUCGAGGACAUGGCCGAUGAUCACCUGCACAUGCACCCCUCCUGCAGAUGCCUCCUGUGCCGCAACUGCCUCGAGAUCUCAUGCAAGCACUACGGCAGUGAUUCGUUGAUGUGUCCGCUGUGCAACCUACCUGUGAAAGCCGAAGGCGAGUUUGUGCCCCUGUCUCGGAUGAGCAACCAACGACACCGGUCAAGGCUGGUGACGGUACCCCUAGUGUUCAGCCAGGAGGGUGGCCAGCCUUGGCGGGCACCAACUCUGGUGCGAGUGCCUUGCCACUGUCCUGCUAGCCAUCUGUACACAGCUGCUGCUGCCCACCUCCCACCUGAGGCUUGCUUCACGCUGUCAUUGGUGGAUGCCUGGGGUCAGAGGUGUUCGCGCUGCCUGCCUGGCCGGUGUGGCGGCUGCGAGGUGGCCCGAGUGGGCUGGGUGUCACUACAGCCAGGUGACUGCCUGGCCCUGCGCUGCCUGGACGAUGAUGGGCCUCCCCGUUCAGACACGUGGCCUCGGCCGGCAACCAGUGGCACUGCUCGGCCAUCGGGAUCUCUUUCCCUAUACGACUGCCUACAGGCAUUCAGCGAAAGUGAGACUCUGGACGAGCACAAUCCAUGGUUUUGCCCUGUGUGCCACCGCAACCAGCGAGCGCGCAAGACUCUCUCGAUUUGGCGUUCUCCAGACACGCUCAUGGUCUACCUCAAGCGGUUUGUGUUUCACGAGUUCUCUGGCAGCAAGGUGGACGAACGGGUGGAUUUUCCUCUUGAGGCCCUCGACCUGGAGCCCUUUGUAUCGGGGCCUCAACCUCAGGCAGCGGAGAACCUCCUCUACGACCUCCACGCCUACAUAUGCCACAUCGGAGGGGUCAACUGCGGUCACUACACGGCGUACACACGCCACUGGACUACGGGCGAGUGGUACCACUACAAUGACGAGUCAGUCGGCAAGCAGCCCCCGCCUCGUCUGGAGGAACAGGCCCAUGCCUACAUCCUCUUCUACCAGCGACGCUCUACUGCCUCUGAAGAGGCGCUGGGUCUGCCCGGUCUGGAGCCAACGCUUCCCGAGCGAGGUGCAGCCACCGCCACAUUCUCUCUGGCGCCGAGACCGGGCACCGUGCAGCGCGUCCUGCGCCGCAUCGACCGCAGCCCUCCGCCGUCCCCUUGUGAUUCUCCACCCUCCCUGGAUACGGCCAUUGGCAAGGAAUGACCAGAAGCACUUGCCAUCUUUGCUGCCUCGUCCAAGUUGUCACAGGCCAGGAUCUUGAGCUUGCUGGUUGCAAUCAGGGCCUUGGCCUCGUCCACCUGAGUACCUGCAUCAUGCAAAAGAGGUUGUGUCGUAUGUGUCCAGCUGGCACCGUCUGCCGCCCCCAGUGCACUUGCCUGUGUUGGCUAGUGCAUCAGCAAGGAAGUGCAAGCGUCGUCUGCUCUCAGAGGAACACUUUCUCCUUGCUUUCUUCACCACAUUGGUGAGAAGCGACCUCCAAACAAUGUGUGCAGGCAGCAACUUUGUGAGACAGUGGACGAUUUUGUACUGAAUGUGUCGCAUACCAGCUGUGAUUAAUGCUUCAGCUUGAAAGCCUGCGAUAUUCUGCCGAGUUUUUGGUAGGCAAGCAAAGCAUUUGAGACCCUGUGUAAUUCCAGAUGCUUUAAUACUGCAGUUUAUCAGCUCAAUUGAAUCCAGGGGAAUGCAAAGUCUAGCUUCAACUAGCACCGUGCAAAGUGGAGUAACAACAUUCAUGUUGCGUUGUUCACACAGCUGAACUGCAGUCUGGGACUAUAAUGUUAAAAUAAUGGGCUGUCCUGGUUACCGUGCAUCUAAAUAUAUUAUUAGUGCGUGCUCCCACAUCACAGCACCAGUUCAUGUUAUUCCCGGUUUUCGGCUUUGCACUUUCCACCUCGGUUUUUGCAUAGUCUCGAAAGUAAAAGAAAAAAAAUUCAAUGAAAUAGCAAAUAAACCUUUGGAGCUUCAUGUGUGGGUCUAUUAAAGGGAAGCACUUUGCAAGCUA